CCUUCCAUUAACAUCUAUUCUCUACUCGUCGGCUUUACCGCUGCGGGAUCCCUCCUUCUCAAUCUCCAAUCUCUUUCCACGGCGAAGCCUCCCCCCUCGAUCAUUCUCCCCCAGGAUCCGAGGACCCUUUUCAGCCCCACCACCCUUUCCUUCAGCUGUUCCUCCGGCCAAAAACGACACAAAACUAUAAACUAAUACAAUUACAACAUGUCUGCGCCUUCGCCAAAAGAUGAGAAUGGAUCUGCCCAGAAUAAGGGCUCUUCGGGCUCUUGGACAUCGCUCCUCAAGUCCUUGACCUCAUUCAACGGUGACAUUUCGAGUUUCACCGCACCGCCAUUUAUCCUUUCUCCCACGUCGCUCGUUGAAUACUCUUCAUACUGGGCAGAACACCCUAGCAUCUUCGUCGCGCCCGCGAGUGAACCCGACCCCGCCAAGCGCGCGUUACUCGUCCUUAAAUGGUUCCUCAGUACCCUGAAGCAGCAGUACAGUAGCCGGAAUGACAAGCUGGGAAGCGAAAAGAAGCCAUUGAAUCCCUUCCUUGGAGAACUGUUUCUAGGCAAGUGGGACGAUGAGGCUGGCACCACGCAUCUGGUCUCUGAGCAAGUCAGCCAUCACCCUCCCGUUACUGGAUACCAUAUUUGGAACGAUAAGCAUGGCGUGCGCCUCACCGGCUACAACGGUCAAAAGGCAUCAGUUACUCGAAGAAUUGAUGUGAAGCAAAUCGGCCACGCCAUUCUACACGUUGACAAGUUUGACGAAGACUAUCUUAUCACGCUUCCUUCGCUUCACAUUGAGGGCAUCAUUUAUGGUGCGCCAUUUGUCGAGCUCAACAAAUGCUCGUACAUUCAAUCAAGCACAGGCUACACGGCGAAGAUUGACUACAGCGGCAAGGGCUGGCUCUCUGGAAAGAAGAACACCUUCACCGCUGUGCUUUACCCUGAAGGCAAGGAAAAGGAGCCCUUGUACACCGUCGACGGACAGUGGACAGACAAGUUCACAAUCCGUGAUGCGCGCACGAAGAAGGAGAUUGAGGCAUACGAUGCCAAGGCAAGCCAGACGACGCCUUUGACGGUUGCUCCCAUUGAGCAACAAGACCCUUUUGAGUCGCGCCGGGCCUGGAAGAAGGUUGCCGAGGCCAUCUUGAGCGGUGAUAUGGAGACUACAUCUACGGAGAAAUCCAAGAUUGAAAAUGAGCAGCGCGAGAUGCGAAAGCAAGAGCGCGCAGAGGGCACCGAGUGGCAGCGCCGGUACUUUAUCCCGACCGAGACCGACCCGAUCUUUGAGAAACUUGCUGCGCCCAUUGGCGAGAAGAGCGAGACUGAAAAGACUGGCGGCAUGUGGAAGUGGGACAAUGAAAAGGCAGCCCAGGCAGAAGCCAAGACUGGAUAGACUGAAAGCAGUUAUUGAGUAGGCUAAUUAUUUUUUUCUCCUUUUUACUUCUCUCGGUAUUUUAUUUCCCUUUCCCUUUUCAGCUGCUCCCAUUCCUAGCUGUUCCACG